AUGCCAUCGUCAAGUCUCCUAAUACAAACAAUAGAUAAAGGGAACAAUUCAAAUGUUUUAAAGGAUAUUCAAAAAUGUGUAAUUCCUGCAGAUUUAAAAGUAUGCAUUAAUGGUACAAAAAAAACUAAGAAUGGUUUAAUUAUAAAUUGUGAUAAUCCAAAAUCUCUGGAUAAACUUAAAACUUCGAUAAAUAAUCAACUUGGUAAGAAAUAUACUGUCAGUGAAGCCAAAAAGUUUAACCCGCGACUUAUUAUAAAAAAUGUUGAUAUAGAUGCAAAUAUGUCCUACGAAGAAAUAGCUAACACUAUAUCUCUCUCAACCAAAUGGAUGCCUUUAGUUCCUGUGAUCUUAAAAUUGUUAACGUGCUAA